AUGGAUAACUUUUCCAUCGAGGAAAAGAUGAAACGAGCUGAGGCUUUCAGGCACCUUCAACCAAUAUGUGUAAAUCUGGUGAAAUCACCAAGUAUUGAAGGUUUGGAAUCCCUUAAAGUGAUUUUAAGAGAUAUUGACAAAGGCAUCCUCAAGGAAAUUCAUGAAUAUAUCUUAUUUCCACUCCGGUUGAUCAUAAAACAGAAAACCAACCUGAAUGAAAAGAUAAUAACACAAGUAUGCCAAUGUACCACAACUAUCCUGUCUUGCACAACUAUCACUAAAUGGGAAACAUUUCAAGAUAUAUUUGUCACUUACACAAUAAUGCUGAGUUCACCUGAAAAUCCAAACAAUUUAUCUCCCAUACAUGAAGAAUUAAAACUGGCCAUAGUGGAAGUUCUAAACACAUUGGUAAAGAAUACUGAUUAUAGUCUGGCUCUCAACCAAUUAUACACAGCAAAGAAUAUUCCCAUUUUGGGUCACACAGUAUCUCUCCUGCUAUAUUUGAUCCAGGAUGAAAAGCUCAGAAAUUUACGUAUUUUAGCCAUGGAUUGCCUUGUUGCUUUGAGCCUCUCAGAAAAUACCAGCAUUCAAGUCAAGAUAACAUCUGGCAGUAUUUUUGCAUCCUUUCUACCUCGCAUUUCCACAGUUUUAUGUUCAGUGAUCACAGGGGAUUCAACUCAAGGACAUUUUGUUACAAAGAAAGCAAUUGAGACAUGGCAGAUAUUUUUAUUUCUCAUUAUGGAUGAUAAAUUAUUGAAGAAGAGCCAAAAAGCAGUGGUCAAAUUAAAGGCUGAUGCUGGCAAUGGAAAGCUUCAAGAUUUAAUUGUGACAAGAGACUCUGAAUGGAUCCAGAAUACUUCAGAUAAACUUGGUAUUUUGGUACAACAAGUUGGAACCAUCAAACAACAUUCCAGCUGGAGGGUUCGGCUUUCAUUGUUAGAUUGGGCUCAUAACUUACUUACUAAUUGCAGCAAUUCAAUGUCAAGCAGUAUACCAGUCCUGCUGGAAGUUUUAGUGAUCCUGUCCUGUGAUACCUACUCCAACAUUUCAUCUAAAAGUAAGAAGGCCCUGAAACAGUUCCAGGAGCAAAGUGAAAAACAAAAAUCACGUCCCCUAAUGGAAAUUCUAGAAGAGAAUUUGCUAUCAAUGGCUACAACUCUUCCUCGACAGAUCAGAACGUCAGAUGAUGACCAGAAACUGAGCUUGAUUAAAAUAAUUUCUGGCUAUCUAAAAAUAUUAGGUCCCAAUAUGAACAGUUUACUCUAUUCUUAUUCUCAUCUGAAGAGGUUCUCCUUGGCACUCAUCCAGACACUGGAAAUGGAUUGUUCUAGUGUCAAAAUUGUGGAAGAACAAACACAGAUUUUGGGCCAUGGAGCCAGUGCCAUAAACUCCCAGGGCAAAGUUAAUGUUCACCAACCUCGCAAAACUUUUCGGCAUUUCCAUAAUGAUAGUAUCUAUCAGGAAUUAGUGUCUUUAUUACAGCUUCUUGGACAUUAUGGGGACUUGAAUCUUCUAGUGGAUCACUUUUUAGGUUUAUUCCAUGAAACUUCAUUAAACAGACUGCAAGCCACUCUUAUCAUCAACCAAAUAAUGCUUGGUACAAUACAGAAUUAUGAUGAAUUAGAGCAACAAACUGUGAACAGCUGUGAUAGACAACAAGAAUUACAAUGUAUCAUAAGUUCAUUAAUUGAUGAAUAUUUAUCUCCUAAUAACUUUAACCUGAUUACAUCACAUGUUGCUAAGGAAACCAUUCCUGCAGAAGGACAGUUUUCUCUUGUCCUUUACAACAGAACACAGCCAACAUUCUAUGAUUACAAUGCCAAUAUUCUUCAAAUAUGUCUUUUCCUUGAAGGAUUUGCAGUCUUUGCUAAAAUUCUCCAGAAAGAUUUUAAUCCAUUUUUGAUCACAGUUUUGUAUCCAAUGUUAGAGAAGCUGGGAGAUUGUUCUGCUUACCUGAGCAAUACUGCUUAUCUGGCCCUCAACAGCAUCAGUGAUUCAUGUGGUUACAAGGACAUAGAGGACCUGAUUCAGCAAAAUAUUGAUUAUUUGAUCAAUUCCAUAACCCUACGCCUAAGACAUUUGCCACAAAAUCCUCAUGCUCCAAUUGUACUAAAAGUGAUUCUACAAUUUGGUCAUCAGCAGCUUCUUCCUCUCAUCCAAGAUACCAUCACAAAUAUUUUAGAGUGUCUUGAUGACUACCAGACAAUUCAUGUUGCUACAUUUAUGCAAGUUCUCCAUGAACUCUGCUGUGCUGUCAGACAAUGGUUCCCAAGUGAUAAGGAAACUGUACAAGAAAAUGAUCCUGCUAUGUCAUGUAUAGAUGAAGAACAGAAUUCUGAAGACACCAAAUGGUUGGUUGACUUUUUAGUUCAGUAUCAUAAAGACAAGAAGACUGCUGCUGGAGAGGUUGAUGAUGAUGAUGACCUAUCCAAAAAUGAAGGAGAAAUGGACUGGACACCAGCUUCCCCUACAGAAAAUGAAAUGGAAAAUAUUGAAGAUGAAGAGAAGACAUUACCACCUAACCAUGUUACAAUCAUUGUUGAUGUGAUGUCUCGAGUAAAACACUUACUUUCCUCAGAAGACGUGCAUCUAAAACUUAUUGUGUUAGACACAAUCACUGCAGCAGUAUAUUCACUACAAUCUCAUCAAGAUCAUCUUCUCCCAAUGGUUCAUCAGUUAUGGACUCCAUUAUCACAAAGAUUCUCAGAUACAGAAAUUAUUGUGAGGAUAAAAGCCUUCCAAACAUUACUGAAUAUCUCUGUUGUCUGUGGCUCAUUUAUUAGAAAGCGUACAAACCAAAGAAGUUCCAAACUUAGUCAUAACUGUGGAAUUGGCUACAGUUUUACUCACGCUUACAAAAUGCAGUGCACAAUUUUGGACUCUUUAGGAAACCUUUGCAUUAAUCUUGGCAUUCAAGGCAAAGAAGUGGAUGAUAUUGCCACUGCCUGUAUUCCCUAUUUGAGUGCCCAUGGACAUCCAGAACUAAAAAAGGCUGCUUUGAAAACAUUUGACAGUUUGAUUGCAAUUGAACCUGAUGCAAUGUGGCUGAAAUUAUCCUAUAUCUACAGCCCAAAUGUGUACAAAUUACCAGCACCCAUAUUUCAAAAGGUCCAGUUUGAUUCAAACAAUGGAAAAGAAUAUUCCAACAGUAUAGAAAUCCUUUUCAAGAAUCCACUAUUGCAGAGUAAAACCUCUCAACCCAAUGUCAAUUAA